AUGUUUGCAGUCAUGGGCUGCCAGCUCGCGCUUCUUACCUGGGAUAUUUGGGUCUAUGCGGAGACUCUGGCGCCUCUAGCGAUCAUCGCUUGGUUACCAGUCCUUCUGGUACGACUGGAUAACGAGCUUCACUUCACCAACGGCACAGAGUCCCUGACCACGCUCGCCGUCUCGCCAAUUAACCCGGCACACUGGACUUACGGCGAAGGCCAACCUUCCUCUCUCCCUUCCGAUCUCAGGAGUAAAACGGCAUCCCCUUACACUCCAAACAGCGGCGUCCACAUCUCCCAUCUCCUCUUCACGGGCCUCCUCCAGCGCCGCCUAAGGGCGGGCGUCACGGGCAACCUGGCGCAAGAAUCCGACUCCAUGGGGUUGGGCGGCAGCACGUCAAUUACGCAAUGGGGCCUGUUCUCCUGCGCGGAGAUCUGGAAUAGCUCGAUCUACGGGAACCUCACGCCAACCGCCGUCGUGAAGCCCUCGCAGUGUCGCAAGGGGACGCCCGCAGCGACAAUCGAGGACCACUCGCACAACUUCACAUAUAGUAUGCUCAACCUAAAUACCAACACAAGUGUUCCCAUCUUUGCGUCCUCCCCCAAAAACGUCUACACCUAGAACUAUCGGAACCUGGCUGCUGCGUAUGCGGCUGCGGUGGGUGUGACUGUCGCGUGUGUGGCUGUGGGGUUCCUGGCGCUGGUGGGGAAUGCCCUUGCGUAAAGUAACGCGUUUUCGAGUGUGUUGAUGACGACGCGAAAGCCGGAGCUGGAUUCGCUAGCUGUGGGCCAUUGCUUGUGGGGUGGCGAUGCGUUGGACAAGGACGUGGGCAGCGUGCGGCAGAGCUUUGCCGAAGUUGUGGCGCCAGAUGGGGAGGGGUGUACGACUGCCAGCAGUAGUAGUAGAAAGCAUGGCGUUUGGGAUGGAAGGGAAUGUCACGGCGAUUGUCAAGUGGGAGAAAUACUACUAGUUGACAUAGGGACCCAUAAUGGUAUUUCUUACGUAUAUGUGUUCAAGACUCUGGGGU